GGCAUGACAAGGGAAUGCAUCUUGGACUGGGAAUCCACCCCAGUUCGCAGUGGCUGCGCAAGCACCGGUUCAAACGCCUGUUCCGAUGACACUGCCACAACAGCCCCCUGCUGCACACUCGAAUCCUCAAGGGUUCCAUGGCGGGCAUGGCGGUAGCUCCGCAUCAAGUGGAGGAGGUAAAGGCCCAGCGGCUAAUAAUUUCCCUGGACCAGGAAAUCGGGCCUACUUUACCAAGGAAUACAUGGAGAUUUUGGAGAACAUCAAGUCUAGUAAGGCCAUUGAAGAAGCGAGGAAGAAGGUUGGAGUGCCACGGAUCGGCGUUGCGAAGCGGAGCAGUUCCCGGGCUUCGGAGUACCAAGAUGAAGGGAGCGGAGAUGACGCACGCUCAUCAGAGAAGAGCGAGGACAUGAAAGCUUGGGUUACCACUACACUUGGUGGAUCACUGAAGCUCAUAAAUUCAAAAUUGGAGGCAGUGGACAAGAAAUCGAAAUUGGAUACGGCGGAGCGUGAUAAGUUGGAACGCCUGCGGAAGGAGGUACAAGGAGGCAAGGAUAACAAGGAGCUCUCUAGUAGUGAGAAACGGAAGCGGGGUGUUGUUCGCACCUCGGUGGAGAACUCCCCAUCCGCCGCUCGUGCAAAACCAAGGUCCAAAGGCAGCGUGAAGACCAAGCCGAAGCGCAUCGAACUCUUCGAUGACGAAGGUCCCUCUGGUACCGAACAAAAUCUGCAAGCUAAGCUGGAAAGCACAAGUAGUGAGUUGUCUGAUAUAAAACGAAUGCUCGCGUCGCUGAUGAGUGGCCUGCAAGAUCCGAAAGGGAAGGCUAAAGUCGUUGACCCCGGGACUACUAAUAAAUGCCCGAUUGGUACGGGCCCUGGCGCGACCGAAGUCGUACAGAACGCCCAAGCGGAGGGUGAUGACGAAGACCCUGAUGAGGACGGGUUUGCAACGUACAUGAAGGUGCGAGCCGAGUUCUUCGACUCUCUUCACUACACACGUGUGCAGGAGCUAUGUAAAGAACGUGAAGUCGAGUACUUCAAGAAGGACGUUGCUGUGUGGAAGCUCGCUCGACAAGACCUGGAGGAUUACGCCGACUCAUUGAAAAAGGAUCAGGGUGAAAAAUCAUGCCGGAAGGAGACUUCAGCUGAAUCAGACCACGACGACGUCAAGGAAGAUCGUGACACUGUAAAGGGAAACUAAGACUGGGUAGUAUCAGAUCUAUUAGGCGGGCAGUUAACCAGAUUAGCAAUGCGAAGACUGCUGAUCCUUCGCCGCUCUGCCUACUAG